AGAAAAACCAAACCUAAUACAACACCAUCAACAAGGUGAAUCAUGUGCGAUUUUGUAUUGGAACAGUUUAUUAUUGAGAAUACAAAUUUUCAGUAUUCAAAACGAUCGCCGAGAGUUUAGUUGAAAUCGAAAUGCGAAAUUUUUAAUUACGUUUGUUCAAAAAGCGGAAAAAUUUAAACAAAAAAAAACAAAAAAAAAAUUUAAACAAUAACAAAAUAUGCCUUAUAAAUAUUUAAUACUUAAAAUAAUACUGGUGUUAUGGUUAUUUUAUGUGGAUAAAAUAUAUUGCAACGAAUCUUGUUGGAACAAUGAGAAUGAGUGCAAUAUUAAAACAGAAUUAUUUAAGAAUUUGGAAUUUUCAAAUGGCAUAUCGAUGCAAAUUGAUUGUCGUUCGAAUUUGGAAGCAAUCGGCAGUCAAGAUCAUCUAAAAAAAGCUGAAAAUGAUUUUCAAACAUCAACAAAAUAUUUAUUGUUGCCUCGUUUCAUGGGCGUACAAGCUGUAAUGCUGGAUGGUUGCCAAACGCCUUUGAAUGCGCACACUUACGGUUUGGAAUUUUUGCCAGUCUGUAACAAUAUUACAAAAGCUUCCAUUAGGCAUUUUCAUAUGGACAUUCUUAUGCCUUUACAUUGUAAUGAGGAAGACAUCCAGCCAAUGCAAUUAGAAUAUUUAAAUAUACAAUUCAAUGAAAUAGCUGCCAUAGAUGCAGACUCAUUUAAACGUAACUAUCCCCAGUUGAGGGAUGUUCUAAUCGAAAAGAAUUCAUUGAAAAUAAUACAUAAAGAUGCAUUUAAAACAAUUAGAUCAUUAGAAAAUUUAUAUAUUGCCAAUGAACCCGUGCUGAUGUUGAAAUUUCCUGAUUUAUUUGAAUACACUAGUGUCGCCAGCAUACAUUUGGAGGCGCUAAAGCAGAUGACGUCAGACAUUUUCAAUCAUUUACCUGAGACUUUGCAAAAUCUCUAUGUAGCCAAUACACCACUCGAUAAAAAUGCGGUGCUGCUGAGAAAUUCUCUUGUUCUCAAAAAUCUCACAAUAACAAAUUGUGCUCUACAAAGAUUUACGCUACACGAUAUUCAUUCAACCGUAAAACGCAUUGAUUUAAGUGGCAAUGUCAUGAUAACUUUUACAGCAUAUGAGAAUAAUUUAAAAGAAUUAGAUUUAAGUAACAACCAAUUGGAAUGGCUGCCAUUUGAAUGGACAACAAAUCUUACAAAUUUGGAAAUUCUCAUACUCAAAGGAAAUCAAAUACAAACUUUGUCAUUAGAUAAUCUAUUGAAAACAAUGCCAAAUACUCAUACAUUUGAUCUAAGCCAAAAUCGCCUACAAUCAUUACAGGGUUAUGAUAAUGGCAUACAAGAUGUAACUUUAUCUCAAGUACGUUUAAGGUGUGAUCAAAAUCCCUGGGAUUGUUUGUGGUUGCAUGCGUUUGCCCAUUAUCAUCCGGAGAAAUUUCGCAUAUUACAAUACGAAAAAUUUAUUUCAAAAAUAAAUGUAAAUGGUCUUGAAUGCAUACCGGCAGAAAAAACACCCACUUCCGCUGUACCACAAAAAGCAACUAUCAACGCUUCUCUAACAGAUGCCCUAGUAACAUACCCGGAUCAAUUUAUGAAUGUUUCAACGUAUACUCUAGUUUAUGGCAGUCCCUGGGAAUUCAAAAGGAAUCAAAGAGCCGAGGCUUUAAUCAUUGUCUUUAUGUUGCCCUUGGGCAUUGCACUUCUUUUUCUGCUGCUUUACAUGUGGAUUUAUUGCCAGAAAAUGUUUCAUUUAUCCUACUACCAGGGUAUAUCUUGCAUGCGACGUCCAGCGAAUCAGCCAAGUCAACGUUUUGAUGUCGUUAGACAAUUACCCCCACAUCCAAUUCAAACUGAGCCCCGAAGACCCUUGACACGAAUAACUGACGAUCAUGAUGAGGGUUACGAAGUUCCAAUUAACGGUAUUAUAUCCGAAUGUAACUGCACGAUGCAACACACUGAUGAGAUGGCCAAAUGUCAAAAACCUCUACAUAUAACUUAUGAACAAUUGCCGACCGAAGAACCACCCAGUCAGAUUUAUGAGGAAAUAAUACAAGUUGAAUCGUCACCUGGAAAUGUUGCUGCCGGCAAUGCCAGAAAUACCUAUGAUCAUCUUACAUUUAAAUAGAGUGCAUUAAAUUAUAAUUGUUUGUUAUACCAACCAUAUUAUAUGUAUAUUAAAACUAAAAAUUAUAUAAAGUAUUUGUAGUAUGUAUUAAAGUGUUAUGUAUGUAGUUUGAAUGUAAACAAAUAUUAUCUGUUUGUGCGCUUGAGUAAUAAUUUUAAAGGUAAAAUGUAAACCAACAAACUCUUAUUGAGCAAUGUAUUAUUAUAUAAUAAGGUAGAUAACCUUAAAAUGUCUCAAUAAAUAUGUAAAAUCAUAAUAAAA